AUGCCUUGGCAAAGCCGUCCCUUCACCCGGCCGCGUCUCGCUGCCGCCGCUCGUGUCCCGGGGUGCCGAAUAAGCCAGGGCAUCGGGGGGGCAAAGGCAAGAAACGGCCCUGGCGUUCGUCCUGCUGGCCCUGAGAACCCCCGUGGCACUCCUUGGACAGUUCGAGUCUCCUUGGUUUGUGAGCGAGACGCUGAAACUCUCACCCAAGUAGCGCCAUCACAACCAGAUAGUCAAAAUGAAGACCAAAAGCACAGAGAAAAGAAACUGCAGAAAGAGAAGUCUGUUUAUGACACAGACACUCAUAAACAUGAACGCAAAGACAGAGGGAAGAGCAAGGAAAGAACGAGAGAGAGAGAGAGGUUUAAAUCUGGUGAAAGGGACAGGGAUAAAAUGAGAGAGAGAGAAAGGGGAAAAGAGCACCAGAGGGAAGGAGACCGAGAGAGAUACAAAGCUAAACUUCAAGAGUCAAGUUUGGAGAAGGAAAGAUACAGUGUACCAAAAGAUAAAGACAGGGAGAGUGAUAGAGAACGAGACAAAAAGCAUAAAAGACAUGAGAUAAAGCAAAUAGAUACACAAAAUAAUCUGAAAUUGUUUGAAGGAGGGGAUAAAGAACAUCACAGAAGAAAAGAAAGCAGGCAUCAUUUGGAGGAGGAGAAAACAAGAAGUAAAGAGCGAGAAAGAAGACAUACAGAAAAGAAGGAUAAUGAUACCAGAAAGAGCAUUGACAAAUUUUUAGCCUACAAAGUUGAAGAAGCUGAACGUGUACACAAGUUACAGAAAGAUCAAGAGUUGGAUAAAGAAGGAGAAAGAAGGCACAGAGAAAAAAAAGAACGUUCUGUUAGGUUGGGAAAAGAGAGGCUUUCAAAAGAGAGAAGUCAUAAAAGUUAUGAAAAGCAAGAGGAAGAAAAACAUAAAUCAAAGAGAUCUAAAGAGGGAUCUUCCUAUGGAGACAGAGAAGGGCAACUAGCAGAAGCUAAUGAGAGAGUAAAAAGUAGAGAAGAUGAAAGAAAGAAGUGUGAUCUAAGGAACAAAAAAGAGGAGAGGAUUCAAGAAGAAAUGAGCCAUCAGUGUGUCAGGACUGCAAAAGGUAAAGGAAAACUCAUUGAAAAAGAGGAAAGAGACACAAAACAAGAGGAAAUGAAAGAUACAUGCACCUAUAAUUCAGACAUGGGUUUUGAUAACUUUUCAGCAAAUUAUGAAGAUGAUUUUGAAGAUUAUGAAGAUGAUUUUGAUGAUGAUGAAGACAAAAGUGGUGAAGAAAGAAAUGCAGAAGAAAACCUAACAGAGAUUCCAUUUUCCAGAAUAUCAGAAAUUGAAGAAAUUCAAAGAGCAAUUAGUGCAGAAAAUGAUAGAAUUUGUACUUCACUGCCAAAGAAAAUUGAAAGUGAAAAAAAGGAACCAAUCAUGGAAAGGCAAUACCCUUCUGUCAGAAACUCUUUUUGUGGAAUAUUCAUGGAUUUUCAAAUGGCAAACCAACGACAGAGUAGCCGAAGUAUGGCUAGUAAGCAGAAAAAACGGAGUUCAGAACUUCUCCCACUAAUUGAUCUGGACUUCUCAGUUAGUUUUUCUUUAUUGGAUUUGCCUCCUGUAAAUGAGUACGACAUGUAUAUCAGGAAUUUUGGUAAAAUGAACACUAAGCAGGCAUAUGUUCAGUGUAACGAGGACAAUUUGGAGAGAGACAUUCAGACUGAGGAAGUUGAGACAUUGGAGAAAUGGACACAGCAUCCAGGAGAAAGUGCCCUUGUAUCUGGAGGUCCCAUAAACAGCCAGAAUGUGUCAAUGAAUGGAGCUCUAACACCUAAAAUUGAUUCACAAAAAUUAGCAAAUUUCCUCCGGUCUGCUUGCCAGGUGAUUGCUGUUUUGCUAGAGGAAGAUCAAGUUGCAGCACAACCCAGGUGGAAACUAAGAUCUCGACAAACCAGUCUGUCUAUUAGUGAUAGCUGUUUCCAGUUAAAUACUAACCAGCCAUUCCUUCAUGACCGAAAAAUAUGCUGCCUAUACGUCUCUCAAGUUCAGAGGCAGACACUACUUUCUGUUCAUGGAUUACCUGAAAAGGCAGGUGUUGGUUUACUGAACAGGAAGAGCAUCAUAUGCGUUUGGAACAUCUGGCAGCCCUCCAGUCCUCAGAAAGUUUUAAUAUGUGACUCAGAGGUGAUAUGUUGCUGCUUUAGUCCCAAUAAAACAACAUUAGUUUUUGCUGGAACAAUAGAUGGUUCAUUGCUGGUGUGGGAUCUUCGAGAAGACUCAAGAAUGCACCCUCAUAUGGUGAUCAGUGAAAUUGACUGGACAUUUAGAGUUCCAACAUUUUCCACUGACGGUAUUCUAAGCUCAGUAAACCACACGUCUCCUAUACUAGGAGUGGAACCUGUCUCAACCUCUCUCCACGCUGAUCAGAACUAUCGGUUCUCAAGCCUCUCUUACCAGGAGGAAAUGUCAAGCCCUCCAUUUCAGAUAGCUUCUAUGGAUGAAAAUGGAAUCCUCAAUAUGUGGGUAGUUGUUGAAUUACAAAAAGUGGAUUUAGCUGGUUCACAAACUGAUUUAGGUUUAAUUCCUGGAGGGAAAGUGAAGUUAGUACAUAGCUCUACUAUGGAACUGAAUAACAGCCUUUUUCCAAAGGAUGUGCGCCAGAGAAUGCCCCAGACACUGAGUAUUAAAUUUCUGUCUUCUAAUCCUAAUCAUUUCGUUGUUGGAACAAACAUUGGGCUGGUAGGCCACGGUACAAGACAUGGUUUAAAAGUUUUUCCAAGGCUAUUCAGACCCCAGGAGAGUGGGCUGAGAUCAAUAAGCAUCAAUGCAAUUGAUUUCUUCCCUUUUGGAAAGCCACUAUUUUUGGCUGGCUGUUCAGAUGGAAGUAUUAGAUUACACCAAAUGACAUCAGAGUAUCCCCUCAUGCAGUGGAAUGACAGCACAAAUGGCCGGCCGAUUAUUGCCCUGCAGUGGGCUUUAACAAGACCCUCUGUGUUUUUUGUCCUGGAUGCAUCAUCUAAUAUUUACAUUUGGGACCUUCUGGAAAAUGAUCUGUUUCCUGUGGCAAAGCAGACUAUUCCAUCAGAGAAUGUUGUAACUAUGGCUCUACUGGGAGAACCAGAAAAAACAAAUGGAUUGUUAGGCAUUGCACUGGCCAAAGAAUCUGGACAGAUAGACAUUCAAUAUGUAAAGAAGAAGUGGGCAUUACGUCAGCCUGAGGAAUCUGAAAAACUACAUUUGAUUUUAUUGCAGUCUUUUUAGAAACAGUACACCUAUCUGAGUGUACAAAUUAUUGCAAAAUAUUUAGAUUAUUUUUUACUGCAAUUAAAAGAUUUGUAAUGUGGUUUUGUAUUUGUAUAUAAUUUGUAUAUAUUUUAAAGAAUAUCAAUUCAAUAUUUCAGCUGAAAUGAUAUAUUUUAUCAUAAAAAUGACAGAACCAAAUUUAGCAUUAUUGUACUUAAAAAGAUGA